CACAAAUCUAGCAGGAAUGAGAAAGUGAAGAGCAAGCUUCUUCAUUGUAGACGUUGCUAGAGUAAAACACUAGAAUUGGCGCCAAUACUGGAAAAUGGGAGGUCAAGAAUCCAAAUUGGCUUUCCAACGGGGGAUUGGACGCCUUGCCGAUGAUUCAGACAUACCUUUAGAUGAUGAUGUUUGGGUAUCUUUUUGGAGCAUACCCGAAAGUGCUGCAGAGGUUUACAGCUUCUUACAUCCUGAUCUUAUUCGAAGAAUACGUGAGUUCCAAUUUGAGAACAUUGAGAAAUUGUUGCUCGUGUUAACGUCACGACUUUUUGCACUCAAAAAUAACAAGCAGUUUCCUAAUGUUGAAAGUGCUCCUGCAAGUGACGCUUUAAAUUGUAUUCGUGUGCUUACGCGCGUAAUUCCAUUGCUGGAUGAACAGUCCAAUCUGCGUCACUGGAAUCAAAAGUUUUGGUGGAGCUUGCGUAAAAGAAAAAUGAGAUCUACGGAAAGCUCAGAGUUGGAUUUAGCAAGUUUUACAUCUGCUUUUGAAAAAGAACUUUCAACAAAAACUGAACAUGAUGUACCUUUCACUGGUUCUUCAUCUAUACAGCCGGCAUCCGGUGAUUCAGCCGCUCAAGAGCCCUCUAGCCGUAAACUUGGUAAUCCUGUUGAUAAAUCAUACGUAUAUGAGAAGACUUUAAUGGAGGAACUUUUAAAUACCUUGUGUAAUCUUAUGUUUUGUCGUGGAUUUACGCUCCCUGAAGAAAGUCCGGAACAGUUCACAUUUCGGAUAUGGGAUAAAGGAAUAGGCUCCCAAGAGUCAGCAUCAAAAUUGCCAAAAAAUUUACUUUCUAACCGAACUGAAGUUCUCCGACUGAUCAUGAUUUUGAUCUCCAACCGGGUUUAUCAAGAUGAGGAAUCUAAUUCUCAUACUUUGACUUAUUUGACUUAUUUUUCUAAUAAGCAGUUUAGCCUUAUUUUUCUUUAUUCGCUUAUAAACACGGCUAUCAAUUUGAGAGCUGAAAGCAGGAAAAUUGCGUAUUCCAAUUUACUUUCUAACGACGCCAGCGGUUCUUUAUCGAAACUAGCUUGUCAAGUGUUACUCAUUUUUUGGGAUUAUACAGCAUCAAAAGCAUCUACACAAUAUUUUCUACGAAAGUAUAAUCUACCUUUGGAUAGUCAUGUUGAAAAUCAAUACAGAGCCUACUUUUCUCGGCUUCACCUACAAAAAGAUUACGAAUUCCUGGUUGAUAAUUGCUGUCGUUUACUGAAUGUUCAGUUGCCUAUCACAUCCUACCUUCCUUUGUCACAAAAGCCUUCUAUUCACUACCCGGAGCUAAUUCUCCUUGUUUGGCAAGCAAUUUUAUACAACAAUAGAUUCCGAGCUUAUUUAACUACCUCUUCUUAUGCUUCAGACUUUUUAGUUGCUAUUCAAUUUUACGCUUUACGAUACAGAGAUGAGCCUAAAUAUUCUGGUUUGGUCCAAUUAUGUCUUUUUAUCGUUCAUUAUUUGUCUUCUGAGAAAGUUUUGUGCGAGAAAUUAAACAGGCCUUGUUUAAAUAGUCAGACUUUAUUGACUUCUCUCGGAAUUUCGGCUCUCUCGACCAUUUCAUACGCAGAAUUUAUCAUUGUUUCUAGUUUUCACAUCACGGCAGUGAAGGGAUCACCUCAUAGUAGUCUGUCACCAUUGAUUUUAUUGACGCUGUGUAACAUUUCGCCUUUUCUUGAAAAAUUAUCUUUCCCUACAUGUACGAAAUUAAUGCACCUCUUCUUCUCUCUUUCUUCGCCACGUUUUCUUAUUCGUAAUCCGCGUAAUCAUUUACUAUUGGAAUAUUUACUGCAAGCAUUUGCAAAUAUAUUGGAAAACAAGUUUCAGGAAAAUCCGAAUUUUUCAUACUCUAUCUUACGGUUACAACACAAGUUUCUUUCUUUAAGGUCACUGACCCUAAGUUCAGCUUUGGAUGAGGAACGAAAAUCAUCGUUUUCCCUUGAAACUUCAAGAAAUGACGAAGUUUUCAUAGACAAAAAGCCAACAAAGCCAGAAAGUAAUGAUUUGAAUACUAAUUCAGUGGAUUCUGACCUUAAAGAUUUCGUGUUCUUGUCAUCCGCUAGCCGUACAAAUAGUUCUUCCGACUUAUCUUCGAAACUGAUCUCGUUCUCUGUUCCUCCUGUUCUACAAGAUGUAUUUUUACAUGAGCCUAGGGUUAUGUCAAAGAAAUUGAGGGGAAAGAUUCCUGAAGGGCUGUCUGAAGCUGAAAUGUUUAAAAGAUGCACUUCCAACCCUUUUGGUAAAGAUUUAGAGACGACCACUAAUUCUUGGAUUCCCACAGAAGCUUGGUUUCAGUCAUGGCACUCAAAGCUCGAGAUGGAUGCUAUUUUAGAAACUAUAUCCCAAUUUACGCUUCCGGUAUUUAAAAAAAUCAGUGACGAGUCUGUAUCUACUGAUGAUGCUGUGAAGUUUUUGUCGGAAUCCAAGCUGAAAGAUAUUUUACCAAGGGCUCCUAAUUUUCGCUAUUUUUUAUGGACAAAUCUUAUGAAUGAAUGGUUUGAGGGAUUCAUAUGGUUUUGCACGCUUGAUUUUGAUGAAAAAGGUAUGUUGGGAUCACCAAAUCUUUUCUCAGAUUCUAAAGUUUAUCGAAACCAUGGUGAUACAAUGAAAGCAUUGGGUGCAAAGUCAAAAUCGAACACCGCUGAAGAGGCAAUGAAAUCAAUCUUUGAUAAACUAGAUGGUGUCUAUUCUCAGUUUUCGGGAUCUCCCUCAUCAACGAACUCCAAAUAACAAUGAAUAUUUAUUAUGACGAGUUUUAUUGAAUUAUUAUUUCCUUUUGGUCUUUAAAAAAGAAUCUUUUAAGAUUUCCAAUAAUGUAUGUUAUGCUACAAUCUUCUGCUCCACUAAUAACCUACUUAUAAAAUGAAAAAAAACUUGCAAAUCAAUCUACCCUCAGGCAAAUUCGAAGAAAACAGCGCUGGUGCUCAUUAUCUUUACUUAUUUGAGUAACGAGUUUGGAGAAGUGUCUCGAAUUCCCUGACUCUUCGAAUCUUUCUCCGUAAAUUAACUAAUUAUCGCUAUUGUAUAUACGUAAAUACAAGGCUAAUAAGAGGCUACAAAAAGAGUGAGUGUUCUCUGCAACUCCAGUAUUUAAGCAUACCGUUUUCAUACUUUUCUAUCGCUUCUUAUGAAACCUUUGCUUGGUAGAAACCGAAAAGUCGUUCGAAGUACAGUUUUAAGAAUACAUCAACGAUAUUUAAGGUAGACAAUGUAUGAAGUAUACGCUCAAUUCAGUUCAAUAAGUA